CCUGUUUUGGGAUCACUUUUGGUUUUGUUUGUUUUCUUCCUAGUUCUUCUAAUUUUGCAAAGAAGAAAGAAAGAUCGAGAUCCCCAAUUAGAACACAACGACAAGCAUGAAGGAGGAUCUUUUUUUGUGUCAAGCACUUUCGAUGGAAGAAAAAUGUAUGAAGAGAUCAUAAGAGCAACCAAAACGUUCAAUGACAUAUAUUGCAUUGGGAAGGGAGGAUAUGGAACAACAUAUCAAGCAAAAUUGUCAUCUGGUGAAAUGGUAGCUGUGAAGAAACUCCACCAACUACUUGACGAUGAGAAAAGAUCUCGAAAGGCAUUCUUAAAUGAGAUAAAGGCAUUAACAAAAGUACGACAUCGAAAUAUCAUCAAACUUCAUGGCUUCUGUUCGCAUGCUCGACAUUCGUUUUUGGUUUACGAAUAUCUAGAAAUUGGUAGUUUGGCAAGAAUGUUGGAGAUUGAAGAAUAUGCUAAAGACUUUGAUUGGAGUAAGCGAUUGAAUAUUGUCAAAGGUGUGGCUUAUGCCUUGUCUUACAUGCACCAUGAUUGCUCACCACCAAUAAUUCAUCGGGAUAUCAAAAGUAACAACAUCUUGUUGGAUUCUCAAUACGAGGCCCAUGUUUCAGAUUUUGGUACUGCUAAGAUUUUGGAGCUAGAUUCAUCCAAUUGGACUUCCCUUGCAGGCACAUACGGAUAUAUAGCACCAGAACUUGCUUAUACAAUGAAGAUAACCGAGAAAUGUGAUGUAUAUAGCUUUGGUGUGUUGUCAUUAGAAGUGAUAAUGGGAAAGUAUCCGGGUGAUUUCAUCUUCUCACUUAAGUCAUCUCCAUCAGUUGAGAUGGGCAUUCAACUGAAAGAUGUGUUGGACCAACGCCUUCAAUUUCCAACAUCCCAAGUUGAGGCCGAGCUCAUUAGGGUUGCAGGGAUUGCUACUAAAUGCUUAAAUGACCUUCCAGAAUCCAGGCCGACUAUGCACAUGAUUUCUAAAGUAUUAGCAAUGGCCAAGCCCCAAGCUGCAAUCUCCAGCUAGAGCCAUCUUUUGAAUGAAGUUGCACCAAAAAGGUCAUGUUCAAGAAGACUUUCUUUUCUGGUUCAAUAUUUUGUGUGCUGGUUCAAUAAGCUAGUAAUUAUGUUUUGUGUGCUGGUUCAAUAUUUUCUUUUUUCCUAGCAAGCAUCUUUUAGAGUGUCGUUUUUCCUACCAAGAAAUGUAAUUUCAAUCGAUUUUAA